CACCAUACCGCGUGGUCCAAAGUUUUGUAACAGUGAAAGUCCGCAGCCUCACCGCCUGCAACUCUGCCAGAACGGAACUGACACACAACAUGGGCGCAACGCACAGUGACACAAACCUGAGCAGGAGCGAGCUGGUGGCCAAGAUCAAGGCUCGCCUGGAGAGCGUGGACCCGCUCAAGGCGAAGGAGCUGGGCGGAGUCUUUCUGUUCAACAUCAUUAAAGGGACUUCUGUUUACUCCUGGACUCUGGAUCUGAACAAAGUGAUAGUUUACGAAGGGGAACCGGAAGAAGACCCCGACACGACGUUCACCCUCAACGAGCAUCACUUCAAGCAGCUGGUGUCGGGACGAGAGGACCCGCGCGUCAUCAUGCAGGCCGGCCGCUGCUCCGUUACCGGCGACAUCAUGCGAGCGAUGAAACUUGAACCUUAUAUUAAGCUUGAUUAGGUUCAAUUUUGUAUAUCCUCUUUGUCGUACAUAGCAUGUAGUGGAACGCACCACUGCUGUGACUGCAGGUUUCUAGUGUCCGGACAAGAAGACCCGCGCGUCAUCAUGCGAGCGAUGAAACUUGAACCUUAUAUC